AUGUCCACGACCUUGCCAUUAUUCUGGCACCUUUCUUCUUCCUCCAAAAAAGACCGUCUAGAUGCCUCUGUAAAACUUAUAUCGUCCCUGGAACAUUUUCAAGCCCAGUUCGAAGCGUCAAGUCCCAGCGAGGAAGAUGAAGGGAACGAUGAGAAGCCUGAUGCUCUGGAGACCUUGAACGCACAAGACGUUUCAUACUCUGUCAGACGUCUCACAAGAGGCCUUGCAAGUCCCAGGGAAAGCAGUAGAUUGGGUUUCUCAGUUGCAUUAACUGAGUUGCUGUCCCGAAUAGAUACUGUAACAUGCUCACAAAUAUUUGCGCUCAUAAUGGAUGCUACAAAAUCCCAAGGCUCGAUGACCGGCCAAGAGGAACGAGACGUAUUAUUUGCACGUCUCUUUGGCAUGACUGCCAUAAUACAGUCCGGAUUGAUAGUACGGACAAAGCCAUUACCCACUUCCCAAUCCUCUGCUACUCUUGCUUCAUCUUUCGAGGGAUACGAACAAGUGUUGACGGAAUUACUUGCUCUGGGUGAAAAGAAGUCAUGGCUAAGGGAGAGCGCUUGGUGGGCAAUAAGUUUGGCGGCUGAUAGUCUCAAAGCUACUGAAGUACCAUGGAAGGACGAAGCUGUACACGCUACCGCCCAACAUCUGUUCGUAGAAAACAAAAUUUGGUCUCCGGAAAAGAUCGCUUUGGCACUCAAGCUGCAGAGUGCGUUUGAGGAAUUCAACUGGCGUCCCUUAUUCUCUCCGACGUUCAAGAAUCCGGACUUGCUCAGCAAUGUAAAUCUUCAAACUCUUGCUUUAAUCUUAAAGGCAAGUGAACGCCAUGACAAAGAUUCCAAUAACGACGGAGGUGACGCCGAUGCUCCCAAAACUGCAGCUGCUGGAGGCUGGAAAACACAGCUUCAUUACGUGUGGGAUAUCAUGUUGGAUCGCUUGCUCGACACCUCAAAUGCGGUCAAAAGCAACUUUCCAGAAUUCUUCCGGAUCGUUGUGGAUGAAUCACUGUUUUCAUCUACUGCAUCGCCGGAACGCAAAUAUUGGGGUUUCCAGGUGUUCCAAAAAGCACUACAUCUCGUCUCUGAAGACAAUAUGCCCAUGCUUUUCACGAAGAACUUCAUGCGGACUUGGAUAAAUCAUCUAUCGAAGCAGGAUCGUUAUUUGCACAAGGCCGCUAAACAAACUGUAGCGGAAAUUCAAACGUUUGUUCAACGCAACCCAAAAUUAGGCUUUGCCCUUAUCCUUCAACUCACAGGAGUUCAUGGCUCUCAGCAGUUUGAUAAAAUCACAAAGACCAAGACGGUUGAGUCGAUCAUAUCCACCAUGGAUGCAGACGAUAUCAAGCAGUAUAUUGCUUACCUGUUAAAUCAAGCAAAUGACAGCGAGGUCGCGGUGGAAAUCAUCAACGCUCGUAGACGAUGGAUCAUCGACCAACUGUCUGGUUUGAUUCGAAACGGCUCUAUAGCGAAGACUGGUGAAUGGGUGGAAUCCGUCUUGGAUUGGUUUGUGGUAAACGGCCUUUAUGUGGUCAAAAAGAAGUCGGAGAAAAGUCGCUUUAUCGGUCUUCGACAAAUACCCAAACCACAAUUCUCAGAUGAGCUUCGCCAUACCUGUAGGGAUAAACUCCUCAGCUGUCUGGCGGACCUUGCGAAUCAUAUAGCGUCCAUCGAGAGCGACAACGCAAAAGUCAAAAUUGCUGGAGUUGCUACCGAUGGAGAAUUAUGGGUGACCAAAGUCCUAUCAACAAUCGAAGAGUUAAAACAGGACACAAAACACGUCUCAUCGAUUGCGCAAAUCGAUGAAGAGGAGGAGGUUUUGCGGGCGAAGGUUAGAGAAGUGGUUGUCAAACUCAAAAAAGUAUCUGGUAAUCAACAAGAAGCAGCGAGCGGAACGCAGCUUCUUUUAGUUGCGUCUUUGGUGCAGCAAUCUUGUUCAGAGGAGGUGGUAUCAUUAGAAACUAUUGAAUUAUGUACCAAUGCUGCCACACGUGAAUUUUCUUUGGAUAAGGUCAAGAAGAAGACGAAAAAAGGACGUCCGUCCGCUUCUGCUCCUGUAGACGAAGUAGACAGUGACGACGAUGGACCAGAGCCUAUAGACGCCAUCGUCGAUACUAUCAUCGGUUUCAUGGAAAAGUCCACAGCCUACAUGCGUACCAUCGGGAACCAAGUGUUCUCGUUGAUCUCCGGACAAGUCAAGAGUAGUACCAUAGACCUUGUUCUAACGCAACUUGAAACUCGAGAUCCGACAGCGGAGGAUGAGGAGAUGGAUGAGGUUGAGGUUGAAGAUAACGAAGAUGAGGACAAAUCUGCUAAUGGUGAAGACGCUGAGGAUGGGAGUCAAUCAUCCGACGACGACGAAGAGGAUGACGAAAACGAGGAUAGCGACAAUGAAGAGGUCGACGAGGAGCUCCGUCAGAGGAUCCUAGAAGCGCUAGCCGUGAACGGGAUAAAGGCUGCAAACGAGGAGGAUGAAGACAGCGAGGAAGAAGAAUACAUGGACGAUGAUCAAAUGAUGGCUAUCGACGAACACCUCGCUGAAGUGUUCAGGUCAAGGGUGAAUGAGAAGAAAGCUUCUAAAGAUCUCGACGCACAAAGAGAAGCUACGCAUUUCAAAAAUCGGGUUCUUGAUCUAAUCGAUAUAUUCAUAAAGAAACAACCUUCGAGUCCGUUGAUCGUUCGGCUGAUCAUUCCGUUGGUUGAUUUGAUCACGCGGAGUACGACUGACGAGAAACAGCUUUCGGAUAAAGCUAGGGGUAUCGCCCGGUCGAGGAUAGGGAAGGCGAAAGAGUUUGCUUCCGCUGAAAAAAAGAAGGUAGGAGGAGGAGGAGAAAAGGAAGAAGGAGAAGGAGAAGAACAAGAAGAAGUGACCUCAAUCUUCGAAACACUUCAUAAACGCGCAAGAACAGAACGUUCACCAGACCAUCUCUCCAUCCUUAGCGACUGCUGCAUCUAUAUCUCUCAAGUGAUGCUUCGCGCUGGAAUGCAAGACCAUGUUGUUGUGCAAUACCGCCACUCCCUCAUCGACUUUAUAUCCCGCAAAAACUCUUCUCUCAAUGUAUCCUUCUUCCAACAAUUUUUCCGGCGUUCUAGAACGGCUGCGUGGAAUCUGAGGAAUGAUCUGUUGGAGGUUUCGGGCAAGGCUGCGAAUCUGUACAGACAGUUUCAAGCGUAUCAAUUGAUCCACGAUCUCCUUACUGAACCUCCGUUUGACAUCCAUGACGAAGUCACUCAAUACCUCCAGGCCCUUUGCAAAACUUUGCUCGAUGUAAUAUCCAGAGCCUGCGAUGGGAGUGAUAAUAGUCUAGGUUUAAACGCAUCUCAGAUGCGGGAAGUGUUGAAAUUAGCAUUGGUGGGUGCGCGACAGACUCGGAAGGUGGUGGCAGUAGCCGCCGACGAUGCCGCAGUGCAAAUCCCUCAACCUCAGAAUGUUGUUGCAACCAUUUGGGACUCAACGGCAUGGACUCGCGCAACAGACUUGCUGCUCGCAUCGGAGAGGUUUAAGGGUGCAGCACAGAUGUGUAAGCAGGUGGUGCAAAUUGCGAGUGCACCGUCAAAUACGUCGCAGUCUCAGUCGAAGGGGAAGGUUGAGAAAAAGGUGAAGCCGAAGGGUAGUAAAGAAAGCAAGGAAAGGUGUAUGAAAGAGGAAGAGAAAAAGGGUGGGAAGGAGGAGGUGGAAGAGGUGAGGGGGGAGAAGAAGAGAACGUCCAGGAAAAGAAAAACGCAAGUGGCUGGCGCAAACGGUAUAGAAGGUGAAGAGAGUGCACUAUCGUUGGAAGGGCAAGGGAAAAAGGUGAAGCGGAAAAAAGUAGAGUAA